GCUCACCUAGGGAUUUAGCAGUUCCCUUCAGAGGUGUAGGACUUUUCUUUACUCUUAACAAUAGGAAGGCUUGAGGAGCUGUCAAGUGGGGAAUGGAGAGCUGCUCAAGGAAGGGAGAGCAACUGUGAGAAUUUGGCUUCUCUCAGUGCUAGAAGUCUGGAUUUGCCCAUGACUUAAGAUUUCUUUAAAACUCUGACCCAGUGCAGCACUGCAAAGAAUUGAUUUCUGAGAUGAGACAAUGAGCUGUGGUUUGCAUUUUGUAAAGAUGGAGGAAAUCUCUAACACUGACCCUGUAUGGGAGAUGACUCAAUUAUCCGUGCCUUGGUACAGUUGCAAAUUAUUUUCCUUUGUCUGAAGUGGGUGGAUGCCAGCGCCUUCAUCAGAGCUCCUUAAUUUAAUGUAUGGAAAAUGUCUCAGCCACCAUUUUUAACAAUUAGCUGUAUCAUAGUCGAGGUGAACUGCAUUCUUAAGGCAGCUGCAGGGCCAUUUCAUUUACAUUAGGGUCUGUGGUACAGGAGCUUUGUUACUAUAAAACUAAGAAAAUGAAUUUGCACACUGUACAGAAGAGUUCUGUAGGAGGGUGGAGAACAUUCCCAGAAAGAAAAUGGAAUCCUUUUGUCUACAGGCUUCCUGAAGAAUGAGAAGGACAAUGCUCUGCUGUCUGCCAUUGAAGAGUCUCGGAAGAGGACCUUUGGCAUGGCUGAGGAAUAUCAUCGAGAGUCAAUGCUGGUCGAGUGGGAGCAAGUGAAACAGCGGAUUCUGCACACACUGCUAGCGUCAGGAGAAGAUGCCCUUGACUUUACUCAAGAAAUUGAGCCAAGUUACAUCACUGAUGUGGGGCCCCCUGGUCGAAGCGCUAUGGAUGUUGUUGAGAUGGCCUACGCCCAGCAGAUUUAUAUCUAUAAUGAGAAGAUUGUCAGUGGGCAGUUACAGCCUAACCUCGUGGACCUCUGUGCUACAGUCCCCCGCCUGAAUGAUAAGAACAUUUCUGACAUGUGGACCAUGGUAAAACAAAUGACAGAUGUGUUGUUGGUACCAGCCGGUGACACCCUGAAGAGCCGAAACAGCUUGGAAGUGCGCAUGGACUUUGUCAGGCAGGCCUUGGGAUACCUUGAGCAGAGUUAUAAGAAUUACACUCUCGUGACCGUGUUUGGAAAUUUGUACCAGGCCCAGCUGGGUGGUGUACCAGGGACUUACCAGUUGGUUCGAAGUUUUCUGAACAUUAAACUUCCGGCUCCCUUGCCUGGACUUCAGGAUGGAGAGGUGGAGGGCCACCCUGUUUGGGCACUGAUUUAUUACUGCAUGCGCUGUGGAGACUUGCUUGCUGCCUCACAGGUGGUUAAUCGGGCCCAGCACCAGCUGGGAGAGUUUAAGACCUGGUUCCAGGAGUACAUGAACAGCAAGGACAGAAGAUUGUCCCCAGCUACAGAAAACAAACUCCGGCUUCAUUACCGCAGAGCCCUCAGGAACAACACAGACCCCUACAAGCGGGCUGUGUACUGUAUCAUUGGCAGAUGCGAUGUCACUGACAACCAGAGUGAAGUAGCAGACAAAACUGAGGACUACCUGUGGCUGAAGUUGAACCAAGUGUGUUUUGAUGACGACGGUACCAGCUCCCCACAAGACAGGCUCAGUCUCUCACAGUUCCAGAAACAGUUGUUGGAAGACUAUGGUGAGUCCCACUUUAGGGUGCACCAGCAGCCUUUCCUCUACUUCCAAGUGCUGUUCCUGACAGCACAGUUUGAAGCUGCCAUUGCUUUUCUCUUCCGCCUGGAACGGAUGCGCCCCCAUGCUGUCCAUGUGGCCUUAGUGCUAUUUGAGCUGAAGCUGCUAUUAAAAUCAUCAGGACAGAAUGCUCAGCUUCUCAGCCGUGAGCCUGGUGACCCUCCCUGCAUGCGGCGGCUGAACUUUGUGCGACUGCUCAUGCUGUAUACCCGGAAAUUUGAGUCCACAGAUCCAAGGGAUGCCCUGCAGUACUUCUACUUCCUCAGGGAUGAGAAAGAUAGUCAAGGAGAAAACAUGUUUUUACGCUGUGUGAGUGAGCUUGUGAUAGAAAGUCGAGAGUUUGAUAUGAUUCUUGGGAAACUACAGAAUGAUGGGAGUAGAAAGCCUGGAGUUAUAGAUAAGUUUACUAGUGACACAAAGCCUAUUAUCAAUAAAGUUGCUUCCGUGGCAGAAAAUAAAGGACUGUUUGAAGAAGCGGUGAAGCUUUAUGAUCUUGCCAAGAAUGCUGACAAAGUGCUGGAGCUGAUGAACAAAUUGCUGAGCCCUGUUGUUCCCCAGAUCAGUGCUCCACAGUCCAAUAAAGAGAGACUUAAGAACAUGGCCCUCUCCAUUGCCGAACGGUACAGGGCUCAGGGUGUAAGUGCAAAUAAAUUUCUGGACUCUACAUUCUAUCUUCUGUUGGACUUGAUCACCUUUUUUGACGAGUAUCACAGUGGUCAUAUUGACAGAGCUUUUGAUAUAAUUGAGCGCUUGAAGCUGGUGCCCCUGAGUCAGGAAAGUGUGGAAGAGAGAGUGGCUGCCUUCAGAAAUUUCAGCGAUGAAAUCAGGCACAACCUCUCACAGGUGCUUCUCGCCACCAUGAACAUCUUGUUCACACAAUUCAAGAGGCUCAAGGGGACAAGUCCAUCCUCAGCAUCCAGGCCCCAGCGAGUCAUGGAGGACCGCGACUCUCAACUCCGGAGUCAAGCACGAGCCCUGAUUACUUUUGCUGGAAUGAUACCCUACCGGACAUCUGGGGACACCAAUGCAAGGCUGGUGCAGAUGGAAGUCCUCAUGAACUAAGUGCCAUGCUCUGGGGCUUCUGGGACUGCACAGUGUCAGUAUAUUAGGCACAUGGGCCCUCUGGGGUGGGGUUUCUGCUUUUGUUUCUGUUGUGUUAUGUUGUGUUUUUUGUAGUAUGUAUUUUUGUCAACACCAAUAAAUUUCUUUGAUUUGUGUUUCUUUUCAACAUUUUUUUAUUUUCAUUGUUCCCCCCCCUUUGGAAUUUUGUUUAGAUUUUUAUUUGUGUAUUGGGUGGAAAUGCUGUCAAGGCCAGAGAGUGAGAGGCUAUAUAGGUGUUUAUAAAUUGACCUUAAAUGAUUAAAAAUUUACCCCAAAUAAGCAAGGAAACAAA